AUGGAACAUCAAGUAGACAGCAUACUGGAUAAAAUCAUGGACGUUCCGGGCAAUACAGGAUGCUUGUUGGCGAACAAUCAAGGGUUAUGCCUUGGAGUGAAAGGUAAUGCAUCGGAACAGUCUGCCGGAAUAAUUGUAGCGAUAUCAGAUUUAGCAUCGAAGUUAGAUCCUAGCAGCAGUUCUCCGGUGAUUUCAUUGGAAUCGAACGACAAAAUAUGUAUGAUCCACAAACACGGAAUCACAGGAGCAAUUUACAAACAAAAAGGAACGUAA